AUGAUGACAAAGAGCUACUGUAUCUCUAAAAAUUUUUUAAGGCUCUUUUUAACUUUUCUUAUUUGUUCUAGUGUCAUAUCUGCAUACUAUCCAGAAUAUGGUCUACGUAGACAAAUGAGAGCUUUAGAUUCAAUUGAAGGAUCUGAUUUUGGAUUUAAAAAACGUGCAUUGGAUAGUCUUGAAGGAGAAGGAUUUGGUUUAAAAAAAAGAGCUUUAGAUUCAAUUGAGGGAUCUGAUUUUGGAUUUAAAAAACGUGCAUUGGAUAGUCUUGAAGGAGAAGGAUUUGGAUUAAAGAAACGUGCUCUUGAUUCAAUUGAGGGAUCUGACUUUGGAUUUAAAAAACGUGCAUUGGAUAGUCUUGAAGGUGAAGGGUUUGGAUUAAAAAAAAGAAAUUCUAAAUUUGGAAACAGAUAUUUAGCUUUCUUAAGAUAUCAUUAA